ACAUAUAUUCUGUUAAUAACUGGUUCAUUCGGUUUAAUCGCUUAAUAAGAUUCAAAUUUACGGCAAUCAAGUUUGAGUGUUGGCAGCACUGUAAAAGAAGCAAGGAAAAACAUUCAGGCGAGUUUUGAUCAUAUAAGGAAGGAAAACAGUUCCCUCUAUCAACAUGGACAUAAGUUUAGAUGAUUUAAUUAAAAGCAAGAAGCUGGUUACUGCACCUUCCAGGAAAUUCGGUUCAAAGAAGUUGCCUAGUCCAAAUUUACGAAAACCUCUAAAUCGUCCUGCAUUUAAGGACGUUCAGCGUGUUACAGAUGCUCGUUUGAAAAUUAUAGAGAAGAAUCGUGCAAAGAUACGAGACGCUCGUGACAAGUUGGCUGAAAUUACGCGUAGCAAUGGCGACGUCAGAAAGAAACUUUUGGAAAAGCAGCAUAGGUCCGAAAACAGGAAUCUCCACAGCAAUUUCAAGAAUAUGCGCAUUGGCGAACGAGCAGCAGCAGGCAAUGGUAAUGUUCGUAAGUUACUGCCGUCUGGCGGUUUGAGAACUAAGCAUUCCACUGCCUCGGGAGCAUCUGGAUAUAGAAGAGAGGCGACAACGUUCUUAUUGCGUGAUUCGAGGCGGCCAGACACUGUAGGUGUCCCUCCGCGUGGUUAUGUGGACUACGACAAUAUGGAGAAAAUUGAAGAGGAAGAAUAUGCGGCUGCUUCACGUUUGAGUCGCACUGUGAAAAAUGAUAUAGCUUAUGAAGUGCCACCAGCUGCACCCAGGCGUCUAAACUCUUGGGGCUCUUCGACAACCGAUCAUCAUCAUUAUGAUCCCUUCGAUGUGUAUGAAGUACCACAUGAUACACGCCGUGAGCGACGCAUUUCUCCAGACUUGUCUCCAUCUAAAGGCCUGUUGACAAGAGGACAUAGCCCCGAUCUUUAUGCUCGCCGUUAUAUACCAGAACCCUCUUCCCAUCUUUCGUAUGAAAUGCGUACACGUUUAGAACGCGCACCGGACCCGCAUGCUUCUAUGGGUAUAUUUUCUAAUCCUCUUAAGCCGUCUUCGGCUUCCACGACUGCUUCUAUGACACCAAACUCUUCAACAUAUUACCGCAUAGUUGUCAGUAAUCUGCACACCAGUGUUACACAUGCGGACAUUAAAGAACUUUUCGAAGAUAUAGGCGACUUGUAUGACUCGCGUAUUGUGAGGCCCGGCAUAGCAGAAGUAAUCUACAAGUCCUUGUCUGAUGCCGAGAAGGCAGUUGAUACCUAUCACAAUCGUCAGUUAGAUGGGCAACCCAUGAAGUGUUUAUUGGUCAAUCCGAGAGCGUCUAACAAACCUACCGCUCCUGCCAUACCUUCUACCAGUUCUUUAACAUCGAACAAAACACCUUUAGAAAUCGAUAUCGAUGCUUUACAUAAAGUUCUAUUUCGGCGACAUUAAUUAUCCGCAUUAUGAAAGAAUUUUUAAGUAACGUUUAACUUAUUCUAAACAAGAAUACAAGACAUAUAUCUAUUUCUUUCAAUAUCAGCAAGAAACAAAUAAAAACGAAACAAAUUUCUU